GCCGUAUAACCUUUAACUUCCAAAAAAAAACUAAUUUUAUAUAACAUUUUGCAAAUAUAAGAAAUACAAACAUACGUUUUAAAAUAUAUCUUUAAAUUUCGCGCGUUGUAAUCACCUAUUGCCAACACCCAGAAAUGAAAUUCAAGUUUUCAAGGUUAAAAAAUAUCAUAUUUUGUUGAAGCAAGCAAAUUUUUUUGAUUUUAAUAUAGUGAAGUUAAAUAAUGAGACGUGGAAAACCUCAUCAACCAAUUUACAGACCAGGAAGUGGCCCUUUAAAGAAAUCGGGUAACGUAGAGGAAACAGAAUCAGAUUCCAGUGUUUUAUAUAAUCCCAGACAUAAUCAGUUUGAAAAUACGCACGUAGAUAGUUCCAAAUUUAGAAGUGAAGGUAGUUCACAAGGAGAUAGACUUAGGGAUUUUAACAGGGUUACUUCAGAAUUAGGGGAUCUUUCUCUUAAUCAUGAAGUAACUAAACGCCCAAAAAAACCUGACCAAAUUCGCUACGUGCCUAGACCUAUUGCUCAACAAGCUAGAGAACAAAAUCAGUCACAAGACAUGAACCGAAACACAUUUGCUCAUGCGAAUGGCGUCGAAAAAACAUCCGAUGCCAGUGAUACAGUAGGUCAUAAGAGAAUGCCAUAUUCUGAACGGAACCAGAUGGAUCAGAGAAACAACUGGAGGCACGAAUCUGCCAGGCAGAAACAGAUGGGAGAAGGCAGAGGAGUGAACAAUGGUUCCGCCAACUCCAACUGGAACCGGUCACGCGACACCCGCAGCGUCGAACCUUCCGGGCCUCCAAGUCGCAACUACAACGAAAAAAUCCAGUCAAAGCCACCUAGUGGCAGAAGACAUAGUUUAGUCGGAAUGGAUCAAUUUAAUAACCUGCCUCCAAGGUUGCAAAAGAAAUAUUUAGAAGAGAAUAAAAUCAAAAUACCACCUCAGCCACCGACGGAAGAAAAUCAUUGGGACGGAAGUAGCGUCACUUUUCAGAAAAAUCCAAAUUAUUCUCAAAUGGGGGGAGCUUACUAUACACUGCCCAUGUCGCCAGCUUCCCAUCACCAUCAAAACCUGCGUUUCGGAUCAAACACGCUACCUGGUAAACCGAGAGGCAGGGGAAGGCUGAAUUACGAACAAGAAAUGCCCCCACCAGGAACGCCAUUUGACUCAAUGACACCAGAUAGAGUUAGAAGUCCAGCCAGCUCGCGACCUUGUUCACCACCGUCCGUCAGAAGUCCCCAGAGUAGACCCUUGACUCCAGUCAAUGAUUAUUCAGACAACAGACGAGGACAAAGGAGACAAGAUGAUAUGGGGAAUAAGGGACAGGAUCGAAGAGAUAAUCAAAGAAGAGAAUAUGGUCAUAGAAGGGAUGGCAAAAAUUUCCCCAGAGAAAGAGACAAUUUUAACAAUAGGGAAAACUUCAAUAGGGAUAGAGACAAUAAUAGAGACGGUUAUAGAGAGCAUUACAAUCAAAGGUGGGAAGACGAUUAUAGGGAACCACGCCAAAAAGAUCGAAACCGAGAUGGACACAAUAGAGAAAACCACAAUAGGGACAAUUACAAUCGAAGAGAUCGAGACCCGAGAGAUCCUAGAGACAACAGGGACAAUAGAGAUAACAGAAAUAAUAGAGAUCAUAGGGACGUUAGAGACAAUAGGGAUAAUAGGGAAUACAGAGAUAAUAGGGAAUACAGAGAUAACAGAGACCACAGAAGAGGUGGAGGUGGCGGCCACAGGGAUAGACGAAGAGACCAUCGUAGGGACAGAGACAGAAGAAGUAGCAGUAAAGAUAACUAUACCCAGCCCGCUCCCAGCGUAGCUCCUGAAGAAAGCUGGGACGAUCCACCAAGCAUACAACCAGCGCAUUCGAUUGCCGAAGUGCAGCCUCAAAGUCAAGCCCGUCCAGAACAACUAGAUUUUCACAUUAGCUCCGAGGCUAUCAAUAGUUUGAUUCCCAGCAUGAUAUCUUCAACUUUGGAUUGGAGUGAAGAGGUGGAGCUGCAAGAUCGACUAGAAUCUGAAUAUUUGAGUGACGCUCUUACGAGAAGUUCUUCGAUAGUCAGUCUGCAAGAAGUAGGAGGCAUGAAAUCUUUGCCUGUAAACCUUAACGAACAGCCAGCUUCAGCAAGCAAAUCUAGAAGGCGAAAUAGGAGAAGAAGCAAAAACAGAAGUCGCGUUCGUGACGGCAGCACCUCCCAAACUCGGAACACGAAUCGUACCAGACAGAACUCAACUACGAGCAUAGACAGUACCUACGAUAGCUUCAAAGUACCUCGAGAUCCAUACCCUGGUUCGUCAAGGAGAAGUUCCCGGGAUACUAGGGACACGAGUUACGACAGGUACCACAGCAGUUCGAGGAAUGCCAGUCGGGAUAGUAGUUGGGAUCGUCACCCUCAAAGCAAAGGAUCUAUCAGUGGCAAUUGGCGUGAAGACAUGGAAAGAAGUAGAAAAAAUAGCGACAAAGAAGGCAAACCUACCAUGGAAGAUAUAAAAAAUGUCGAUGCGAAUACCAAAAAAGCUGGAGUGAUAGUGCUACCUUCCCAAAAGCAGGAAGUCAAUCCAAAUGCAGCACCUACCCUUAGUAUUGAAGACCAUCCAAGGUAUCCUGAAGCACGAAAAUCUCCAGGUCAACAAAAAAGCCUCUACGAUCCCAACAAUCCCACAAAACCGAUCCUAGUAAAAUCCUCCAGUGUCAGAGUCAGCGUACCCGGAUUUUCCGACAAUGCAGAAUCAUCUCCACCACAAAUGUACACUACAGAUCAAUUCGGAAACCUGAGGCCUCCGUGGUAUGACGAAAACACGGAAUCGUUCAAGACUUGCCACUAUCCUGACCUGUUGAGGGACAUCAAAAGGGCUGACAACGAACUGCAGUACGUCGUUGAUAAGGGACUGCUUUUAAUGCACUGGGACCAGGUGGACAAAUUGCGAAGUUUCAUGAAGGAAGCACUGGAAUACCUCAUCUGCAAAGCCAUUAAGUUCUGUCAAACUGAAAAGGUCGAGCAACAUUUUUGGAAUAUUCUUUAUCACAACAUUAUCGAAGUUACUAGGAAAGCAAUCAAAAACGAUCCCGACAAUAAGGAAAAAUAUAAAGGUUUUUUACUAUAUCUAAUAGACGAAGGUACCAAAUAUUUCGAGAAGCUUCUUUCUGUUCUCGAGGAAACAUUCGAUUUCAAACUCAACAACUUCUUGAAAGACAACAAUAUGGCGUCCCACAAAGGUCUAGGUCUUGUGGGCAUGGCUCUGAUAUCCGCCCAGAAAUUGUUUCUGUUCUUGGGAGACCUGGGAAGGUAUAGAGAAGAGGUGAACGAGACUUCAAACUAUGGAAAAUGUAGACAGUGGUAUAUCAAAUCUCACGAGAUCAAUCCAAAGAACGGCAAACCUUACAAUCAACUGGCUAUAUUGGCCGUUUAUGCUAGAAGAAAAUUAGAUGCUGUAUAUUACUACAUGAGAAGUCUGAUGUCUUCAAAUCCUGCACCUUCUGCUAGAGAAAACCUCAUAUCAUUAUUCGAAGAAAAUAGGAAAAAGUACGAACAAGGCGAGAAGAAACGAAGAGAAGAAAGGCUGGAACGUCAACGCCUACAAAUGAAACAAAAAGAAUCCGAAGAUGCCAGUAUCGCACCUGGCUCUCUUAGAAAAGAAACUUGGAUACACCCGGAAGGUAGAAGAAAAGUGUACAGGACCAGUCAGGCGAACAUCGAACAAAAUUAUUCGGAUGAAGAGGAUUUAUCUGCUUUGAGUAGUGUCGAGGUAAAUAAACGAUUUAUCGUGAGCUAUCUACAUGUACAGGGAAAGCUCAUCACAAAAAUCGGUUUGGAGAGUUUUCAAGAGACGGCGAUGCAGAUGUUGAAAGAAUUCAGGGCUCUUUUGCAACAUUCUCCAGUCCCCAUCCCUUGUAACAGGCUCCUCCAAUUGCUGGCCCUUAAUAUGUACGCCAUCGAUACUACUCAGCUGAAGGAUCCCCAGUUGCAAUGCCAGCCUGGCUACAGAUCGGAGCUCCAGGAGCGCGCCUUGAUAGUGUCCUUGCAAAUGUUCAAUCUUAUCCUUGAACGAUGCGUUAGUACUUUACAAGAUUACAUAUCAUCCCAUAACGACUUUUCCCAUAUCUCCUUCCCUCCAGACGCCAAUGUCCUUCUUCCCGCCGUCAAAAUUUGGUGCGAUUGGUUGUUGUGCCACACAGGAGUGUGGAACCCGCCUCCGUCGACACAGGAUUUUAAAGUGGGAUCUCCCGGUGAUUGUUGGAGCAGGUUGGCAACUUUGAUGAAUUUGUUGGAGCAGAUGGAUCAAAGUCAGGCAGUGAGUUUCGCUAAAGAGCCACAAGAAGGCUGCGACCAAGUUCGUCUUCCAGAAGACAGCGUCUUAAGCGGCUUCACUCCCCUUCUCUAUACCGCAGAUGACGCAGUCUACGUCAAGAAAGACAUCGAUUUGGAAUCUGCCCACUUCACCCAACGCCUUAAUAAACUGCUUUUCUUUGGAACGGUCUACCUUUGCGGCGUCGAUCCUCCAGUGUUAAAAUUAGAAAUAGAAGACGAAGUCAGGGAGUACGUUUCGGUCGUGUGUACGAGUAAUAGUAGGGAUUCACCGCCAAACACGGAGUUGAGGCCGAACAACGAUGUGCUACUGGAGAGCUUCAGCGACAACGAAGAAGAGCAGCUGGAUCAGACGAUUACACCGGGUGCCUCCAGCGAAGUGCGAGACUUGCUGACCCGAAAGGUUGAAUUAGAGAAGAGGAAGAGGAGUCAAGAACUACAUAUGCAACGAGUCAAGAAAAUUCUUAGCCAGUCAGUAGUGAGUGUUCACGUGGAAGUAAGGCCGAAAUACCUAGUCCCAGACACCAAUUGUUUUAUCGAUCACAUGAAUGGUAUCAGUGCCAUUGCAGAAUCCCAUUCCUAUACGCUUAUGGUUCCUAUAGUUGUUCUAAGUGAAUUAGAAGGUCUCUCGAGAGGCGGCAAAGGCCCCGCCCCGGACUCACGUAGCGCUUUGGAUCCGCAGCACGUGAAGAGAGUAGCAGAUUGCGCCAGAGAAGCCUUAGAAUUCCUCAAGAAUAGACACGCCUCAGUGAAAUGCGUCACGACCAAAGGCGCUAUCCUUCCGUCCACGAAUUUUUCCACAGAAGAUGACACGAUGUGGGACAAUAGUUUUAAGAACGACGAUAAGAUUUUAACUACGUGUUUAGGUUUAUGUAAGGGGAAUGCACAGGAGGUUUCUGAGGGGGAACCCCGCAAUCUUGUGCGGGAGGUGGUACUUCUGACGGAAGACAGAAACCUGAGGGUGAAAGCCUAUGCGCGAGACGUUCCCGUUAGGGAACUGCCCGAUUUCAUGCGUUGGGCCGGACUGGGAUGAACCUAAUAGAAAUAAAAUAAAUAAUGCCAAAGCAGCUGCUCUCUACAUCACAUGUAAGGUGCUCCAUUAGUCUGGUGAAGUCGCGUUGUGUUAAGAACAAAUUUGAGUAUCACAAAAAAUAUUAUAAAAGGGAACGAAAAAAUCACAUCACAUAUUCAGUUUUUUUUUUCGGGUUGUGUCGCUGCAUUCCUCCUUUACUCGGUUUACUUGAUUUUUUAUUUUAUGUAGUUUACAGGGCGAUUCAAAAAUGCGGAAAAGAUAGCCUCACAGAUUGUUGAAUAAAUAUUAUAUACAAAUUAUAUACAUAUUUAAAUGAUUAUUAUGUAAAUUAUGAAGUGUAAUAAAGUAUUAUGUUACUUUGUGGUACUAUGUAUUUUUAUGAUAUAUCAAAUAGCGACAACUAUACAUUUUGAGUCUACUUAUUAAUUCUAAGACCAUUGAUAAGGAAAGGCUUCAAAACGAGCUGCUUUGAAUUAACAGCUACACUCUAUGUUUGCUGUGUCAAUAUUUAUGAGUAUGAGAUGUACAUAUUUCGUGCUAUCUUCAUAUGGUACUACAGUCAUAUGGUACUACUCAUGGUACUACUACUACCAGUAGUACUACAGUCCUAGUUGAGUCUUUACCUUCCCUAGUUUAGUUGAAUAUCUUAUAAUUAUGAAUAUAAUACAUCUCAUAUUUAUGAAAAUGAGAUGCAUUUCUUGCUAUCUUCAUAUGCUACAGUAAUGUGGGAACUCAUUAUCACCAGUGAUACUACAGUCCCAGUCCCCAGUUGAGUUUCUACCUUUCCUAGUUUAGUCCUAGUCGUUUCGUUCUAGCCUAGUUGUACUAGUCGUUUCUGUUCAAACAUUUGAACUUAUUUACUUGGUUAACUAAUUUAUCCUCACCAAUCAAUGUUUUAAAUCUCGUGUUGAUGUUUGCAUGAUAAAUAUCAUAUACUAAAACUGAUAAUACAGGGUAAAAUAGAGUGCAAACGCGGACCCGGAAGAAGAAGACACUCAUGGCUUCAAAACUUACGCCAAUGGUUUGGACUAAUAUCGAUCGAGUUAUUCAGAAACUCCGCUAACAAAAUUAAAAUUGCUAUGAUGAUAGUCAACGUCCGCAACGGACAAGGCACAUGAAGAAGAAGAAGAAGUUGAUGUUUGCUAACAAAAUUUUCUGUUAAGAUCUCCUGAGAUGUACUAUAACAAUAACUUCCGUAAAAUUUUAGGCACAGGUCUCCUAUCGAUAUUUCUAUGUUUUAAGAAUUUAUACCAGGCUUAUACCAAGGUGCUACCAUAUUCAGUAAAAACAUGUAUCAUUUUUCUUAUAAUAUUUACCCUAUAUGUGCAGUCUUUUUACUUUUUUACAUAAUCAAAAAGUUCCUUAUCCUGGAGGCCCGCUUUUCUGAAUACUUUCACAUUUCUGGCUUCGCCCACCCAUGAUAUUCUAAGCAUUCGACGAAGACACCACAUUUCAAAAACUGAAAGUUUGUUAAUGGAUCUGGCCUUUACGUCCAUUCUUCCAUUCCGUACAAAAGAAUAAGCCAAACGUUACACUUUGACACCUUGUACAGUCGGAAAAAUGAAAGAAUACCCAUGAACGGUCACAUCAAUCACCUAUUUUGUAUUUGCUGUCUUUUUCUAUAACAAACGUUUGUUAUUUAUAGAAAAAGACAGCAAAUACAAAAUAAGUGAUUGAUGUGAUCGUUUAUGGGUAUUCUUUCAUUUUUUCGACUAUAUCUCAGGUUGAAAUCCAACUUGAGAUACAAGGUCAAUCAGAAAUUUACUUCUUCUUCUUCGUGCGACUAGGAUUAUUCCUGUUUGUCUGCCUCUUAUCCUGUUUCAGUUGUUGUUGACUGUACAUUGUCUUCCACCUUUUCGGCGGCCUUCCAACGGGUCUUCUGCUAUACGGCUGGCUUGUUGUUUUUACAGAUGUUCGCUAAUCUAUCUGGCUCCAUUCGGUUUACAUGUUCGUUCCAGUUUUCUUUCUUGUUUUUAUCCACCUGUUAAUAUUUUGAAUUUUGCAUCGUUCUCGUAUACUUCUGUUGCUUUGUCUGUCUCUUGAUAUGCCCGUUAUUGAUCUUAAUACUUUCAUUUCGAUAUUGUUGAUUUGUUGUUUCGUCUUUCUUGUAUAGUCUGUAUAGUUUCGUCGACCUUGUCUCCGCUGCAUAUGUUAGGUCUUACUGUUGUCUUGUAUACUUUUAUUUUGCUUUCCGUGGUCAGAUAUUUGUGUCUCCAUAUGGUUUCUCGGAGGCAACCACUUACUCUUGCCGCUUUUGUUGCUUGUGUUGUGGUAUCUAUUCUUAUAUUCCUGUCACUAGUGAUCUCUACUCCUAGGUAAUUGAAUUUCAUUACUUGUUCUACAAUUUUGCCGUCUAUUUCUAACUUGCAUCUACGCGGCUCUUUACUUAUCACUAUACAUUUAGUUUUAUUCUACUGGUGAUAUUCUCAUAUAAAGUUUAUUUGCUGUGAUAUUGAAAGUGUGGAGCUGCCUUUGUAGGUCAUCCUCGUUAUCAGCAAUUAGUACUGCAUCAUCGGAAUAGCAUAGUAUCGUAAUUUUAUGCGCUCCCAUGUGGUAUCCAUGUCAUUUUCUUACUUCGUGAAUUAUUUGAUUCAUCACCAUAUUGAAUAACAAUGGGCUGAGCGAGUCUCCUUGGCGGAUUCCUCCUUUUAGUUAUAUGCGUUAUGUUUCUCCUGUUGACAUUAUAACUCUGGUCUUGUUGUUCUUGUUAAUUUCAUUAAUAGCCUUAUUAUUUGGUGGUCUAUUUGUUCAGUUUGUAAUAAAUUUAAGAUAUCAUUUCGCCUCAUCCUGUCAAAAGCACUUUUUAAAUCUACAAAGCACAUGUAUGCUGGUUUUCCAUAUUCAAUAGACUUUUCUACUAUUUGUCUGAUAAUAAAAAUUGCAUCUCUUGUGCUGCGGUUCUUCCGGAAACCUUAUUGUUCAUCUGCCAUGUUCGCUUUUUCCUCGAUUUUAUCUUUUAUGACUGCCGUCAACAAUUUUAAUGUGCUGUUCAUCAGACUAAUGCCUCUAUAAUUUUCAGGAUUUUUCGAGUCUCCCUUUUUGAGUAUCGGUAGCAGGAGACUUUACUUCCAUUCCGCUGGUACUACUCCGAUAUUUAUUAUAUCGAAAUUUACGUAGUCUCAAAAAAGCAUUUCCGGCUUGUUCCACUCUGCUCUUUGUUUAAGUCUCUGGAUCCCAACUAUAGUUAAGCUUAGCAGACCACCCAAGUCUAUAAUCAUUGUUUUUGUCUUCUUGUAGUAUUCUCAAAAAAGUUUUAAAAGUGGUUCAUUUCAUUAGCCGGUAAUUAUUGCAUAUUUUCGCACGUGUGUUUUGAGUAGCGCGAUAAAUGUAGAGCGAAGCCAAUCUUUUGGAAUCUGGUCCAUAUCGUAGAUAUCGUUAAAGAGCUUUACAAUAAUGUCUAGACUUUCUUCAUGAAGUGACUUGAUUGCUUCUGAAUACACAAAAUAUCAUCUGCUCCUGGGGGUUUUGGUUAAUUUUUAAUGGUUUGAUAGUGUGUACAACCUCAGAAUUCAAAUUACUCAAGCCGUCUUACCAUGGUCUUCCAAUUGUGGCGGCUUUUGUGUUCUGUUAUUAUUGAACAUAUUGAGAGUUUUAUUAGACCAGGGCAUAUUUUUGGAUGUGCGAGGUGGCAUUCGGAUUUUUGCAGAUAAAGUUAAGUGACUUUCAACUUCAACAAUAAUAAUUGACUUAUGCUCCUUCUCAAAUAUGCCCGGAACAUUAAUAAAAAAAUUUUAAUAUUUAAAAAUUUCGAAUAACAUCGAUUUUUUCUACUUUAUUGCUCAUAACUUUAAAACGAUUCAUUUUGGAACAAAGUCGUAGGGAAAUAAAACAAAGAUAAUUGAAUUUUGUAUGAUAAACGACUGGUUAAAAAUGUCUUGAAUUAUUACCCUUUCUGAAAAAUAGCAAUAAAUACAAAAUAAGGGGGCAAAAUAAGCCUGUUUUUAUUCAAUGUUUUUCAACCACUUUAGAAAAAUCUUACGCCAAAUUUCAUUAAAAUCUACCUGAUAGAUAGAUUUUGUAGAAUAAUUUGGCAAUCUAAAUUUUUUUUAUAAAUUUCAAAUUUUUUAAAAACUUUCUGAAGAAAAAGUAGACCAUGUAGAAGUUUGCUAAUUUUUUACAAAUUAAGAGGUUCUCUACCUAUCUAAUACACUUUACAGAAUUAAAAUCUGAUUAUUUAAGCGGCCUCAGCACUGUUUUAAAGUUUUAAAACAAUAAUUUUGGCAUUUUCUCGAGAAUAGGCGUCUCUGGAGAUCUUUCCCGAAACAGGUCGAUUUUUAUUUUUAAAUUAUUCUAAUUUUUGGUAUAUAUAUCGUCAUACAUCUGGGCGUGAUGGCAUAAUCGAUGAUUUUUUAAAUGAGAAUAGGUGCCGUGUGAUAGCUCAUUCGAAAGGUUAUUCAAUUUUGUAUUCACUAAUAUAAACAUUAACAUAAUUAUUUAUACAGGGUUUGAAUAAAAAAAAAAUUGAAUUAAAUUAAUUCCAAUAUUUAGAUUACGUCAUCACACCCAGAUGGAUGACGUCACUAGUAUGAUAUUUAUGCCAAAAAAUUAUAAUUUAAAAAUAAAAAUCGAUCUGUUUCGGGAUUUAUCUCCAGAGUCGCCCAUUCUCAAGAAAAUUAAUUUAUUCCAAAUCGAAACGUCCUCACUGUAUUUUUUCAUUUAGCCAAAACAUUGUUUAUAACUUUAUAACUAACAGUGCUGAGGCCGCUUAAAUAAUCCGAUUUUAAUUCUGUAAAGUGUAUUAGAUAGGUAGAGAACCUCUUUAUAUGUAAAAAAAUUGACAAACUUCUAAAUGAUCUACUUUUUGUUCAGAAAGUUUUUUACAAAUUUGAACUUUUUAAAAAAAAUUUAGAUUGCAAAAUUAUUAUGCAAAAUCUAUUAGGUCGAUUUUAAUGAAAUUUGGUGGACGGUUUAAGUAUGUUAUAAGAACUUUCUAAGCGAAUUAUGAAGGUUCUCAACCAAAGUGGUUGAAAAACAUUGAAUAAAAACUAUUUUGUCUCCCUUAUUUUCUAUUUAUUGCUAAUUUGCAGAAAGGGUAAUAAUUUAAGACAUUUUAAAUCAGUCGUAUAUUAUACAAAAUUCAAUUAUCUUUAUUUUCUUUCCCUAUGACUUUGUUCCAAAAUGCAAUAAAAGUAGAAAAGGAGCAUAAGUUAAUUAUAAUUAUUGAAGUUGUCACCUAACUUUAUCUGCAAAAAUCCGAAUGCCACCUCUCACAUCUACCUCAGAACAGAUCCUCCCUGGUCUAUAUUGAGAGUAUAGGUUUUCAGCCUCGGUGAAACUCAGCCUUCUUGGUCAUACUUGAUCUUACACUGCCUGCGUUGUUUCAUCAUAUAUUUUGGGGUUACUCCUAAAUGUACCAACAUGUCGCUUAUCUGGGUACAUUUAGGAGAAAAUGGUGGACAUACAACUCAUACAAGAUAAAAAAAAAGGUUAGGCUUCUAGAGUUGUAAAUAUAUAUUGAUAGCUUUCUGAAAACAAAUUUUUUGUCACAAUAAAGUUCUUGAAUAAUUGAGAUAUGCUAUGAAUUCAGAUUUGACAAUAUUUACAAAAAUGUACAAAUUACAUAUUUGAAUGCACUACAAUAAUUUGAAUACUUACACUGCAAAUAGUUGUCGCUAUUCGAUAUGAACUGGUAAUUUUUGUAUUUCCCUGUACAUUAUCUUAUGUGCCAUUCUCCUUUAUAGGUAAUUCUAUGAAUUUUAUACAAAAAAAUUGUGAAAACUCUAAUUGUAGAGAAUAAUUUUAAAUGUUUUAGUGUCGGGAAUCGGGGACAACUUUUUACAAAUUUGGGAUAUAAAACUCAAAACUUUAAACUUUUUUUAAUGCCAUUCUAUUAAAAUUAUAAUUUUAGGGCUGGGAAGAAUAUUGUUAUUUAUUGUCAAGCAUUUAAUGCCAUAAGAUUGUUGCGAAAUUUGGUUUGAUGCAAAAAUAAUACUAAUGAACAAGACGUUUUGGAGCUUCUACUAGUGUAGGCUUCAGGUCUUUAUGCGUUUUGGAGCUUCGAGAAAAACAUAAAUUUCAAUACCUAUAUACUAAGAAACUUUGGCUUCAAAUGUUUGUGUUUAUGUUUGGUUCUAUUAAAGUAUAUCGUUUUUAGGUAUGAAUCACACUACUUUUUUAUCUGUACGUCAACUUUUUUCUUUCUGUAUAAUAUUGUGUCUUUUGCAUAGUUUCUUGAGAUAAUCGCUUCAUUUUUGUCAGCUUUCCAACUUCUACGUGAUUUUAUUCUUUAUUGUUGUUCAAUCGUUUCGCCGAAUUGCCAUUCUUAUUUGUUUUAUGAAUUAUAACUAUAACGUAAAACCAAAAAUAAAGAAAAUAUGGAUUACUCCUGUGCACUUCCAGUUAAGCGUGUCAGUGGCGUAGUCAGGGCCGCGUUUAGGUCAAUUGACGCCCUAGGCAAUUCUCUAGUAGCCGCCCUUCAAACAUGUACCAUUUUUGCCAAAAAAAAAAAAUGCAGAAAUUUUUAUUUAAAUAAGAAUACACUACAAAUGGAUUUAAACUACGAUGUUUAUAUACCUAUGACAGAAAAAAUUGUCAUUCCACUUCGAUCACAUCAGAGACUUCUUUUCAAAAAAAGACUUUUCAAAAAAAAAUUUUUUCUUGACAAAAUCGAUAACUUGUUAACACGUUCUUGCGUCAUACUUGAUGGGAAAUUUUAAUUCUUGACAUUUUAGAAAAUGACCUUUCAGCGGACACGUUGGCAACGGCAACUGGGAUGCACAAAUAAAUGUACAAAGCAAUGUCAAAAUUAGGGAAAAUAUCUUUCAAUAACUCUUCUUUAAAUAGUAAGAUAAGUAUGUCAAUUGGUGAUUUUAUUGUGGUAACCAAAUGACUCUUUAACUGAAUGCAUUCGUGUAUGAAUGAUGUAUCUUGGUCGUCUUUAUUUUGUAUCAGAUUUUCAGCUUCUUUAAUAAUUUCUUCAUUGCUUAAUUUCGGCAAAUAUGUUAGUAACACGAAAACGUUGAUAGAUAAGUCGAUAAGAUUCCAGACGUCUAUUCAGGUCUCUUAUCAGAGUGUCGAUUAUAAUAUAGAAUGUGUGGAUUUUUAUCUCAUCACUAGCUGAAAAGUUUGGUUCAUCAUCGGCCUCCUCGUCAAAUUGAAUUUUUCUUUUUCUCUUUCUUAUUUCUUUAUAUUUUUUAUUUGGGCACAAUUUUUUUGGUUUCCUUGCGGAAAGUAAUUUAAAAGAGCUUCAUACUCUUUAAUGACAGAACCCAGAUCCAUAAUUCUUAUAUAAAAAUAUUUUUUUUACAGUAUUUUUGCCGCCCUCUCGUAGUGUGCCGCCCUAGGCAACUGCCUAUAUUGCCUAAUGGAUAAAGUGGCCCUGGGCGUAGUAAAUGUGAUCACGAAAUAAAUAAACUAAAUUACAAUUUGAUAUCGGUUUUAUUAUUGGUGCAGGUUGAUUAUUUUUUGGUUUCGUGGUUGGUUUAUUGUUUCUUAUGUUGAUUUUGUGUGCAAUAAUUCUAUUAUGUAAAUACUAAUGCUUCUGUGCAAGAUGCGACAAAAAUAUUGAAAAAAAAAGGUGACGAAAUAACAAACAUAAAAUAAAUACUGUUUUAUAUUCAUUUUGGUUUGUCUUAUGUUGAAUUCAAUUUGAAAAGAAUUGUUAUUGGAGAGUUGUUGAGAUACUACAAUCCUAAUUCAUAUUUAGUAAAAUGUUGAGUGGGUUGCACAUGUGAGUACAUGUUAAAUGAAAUAAAAAAGAAGACGUAGUCACAAUUAUUUAUUGUUUAAAUCGGACGACCUGUUUCGAUGUCUACAAUAUGCACAUCAUCAUCAGGUCCGGGUAACAGUAAACUAAAUGCUACAAAUUACAAAACCAGUAUUUAUUUCAUUCAUAUUUAAUAUUUUCUUAUUUAAAUAUGUCUUCUUUCUGCUAGUGAUACCGUAUGUCCCCUAUGUGUCAUCAGUGCCGAGUUUUCUUAAAUCUGUAACUAGUUUUCCAGUCCCUCGAUAGUUCUUUCAUUUCUCUCAUGGUUUUUCCUCCCUGACUGUCUAUUUAGAAUAUUUGUUCUAUCCACGUUUUGACAGGUCCCCCCAUCGUUUUGUUCUUUGUUCUUUUUUGUUUCGUGUACCCUUUUGGCAGGUCUACUGUCAUCCAUUCUGCAAAUGUAGCUACACCAACUUAGCUGGUUGCUCUCUGUUGUAUGUUUAAUAUGCAUAUUGAAAAUGAAAUCACAAAAACAAGGUAUCUUUCUCAAUAUUCAUUUUGCUUCGUUUUUCAUUUUGAUUGGACAACAAGGUCGCUGUUGUUUUUUGUUGGAGAUAUAAGUUUUAGUCAUAUUAGUCAUAUCUUUACAAACAAAACAUUAUGUUUUUACAGUCCUGAUGUUUUUAGGAGAUGGAUUAGUUUUUCAUGUGACACUUUGUCAAAUGCCUUCUCGAAAUCGAUAAAAGAUGCCUACACAUGUGUAUUAGAACUUGCAAACUAAGUGCUUCCCUCGUUCCCAGUGCUCUGAAUCCAAAUUAAACUUCACUUAGGUGUUCUUCAAUUUGAUGUAUAUGUACAAGUGAAUGAUGUACAUUGAUGUACAUGUGAUGAAUUUGAUGUAUAUGUACAAGUGAAUGAUAGUAAAGAAUACUCUAAGUACAUGGUUCAUCAAACUGAUUAAUCUAUAGUCCGUCCGCUAUAACUUUUCCCAUGCGGUACGAUUCAUUUUCAAUCAAAUUAAGUCAAAACAGAAAGUGAAACGUACGCCGAUGUGUGUAGUAUAUAGUAUACAGUAUACAAAAUGUAUAUACACAUCGACGUUCGUUUCAAUUUAUGUUUUGACUUAAUUUGAUUGAAAAUGAAUCAUACCGCAUGUGAAAAGUUAUAGCGGACGGACUAUACAGGGUGUCCAGAAACUCUACCGACAAACGAAGACAGGAGAUUCUUCAGAUAAUUUUAAGUUAAUUGAACCCAAUUCACUUAGUCCGAAAAUGCUUCCUAAGGGAGCUAGAGCUCUUUGAAGAUGGCGUCUUGUAAUUAGUUUUUCUUAAAUACCUCCAGAACGCUUCCAUUUAGAAAAUCAAAAGUUGGUACGCGUAUUUAUCUUCAAGAUAUAAAUCUAAUCCAUCCAUUAAAAAUUUUUAGUACCGAUCAUAGGCGUCCGUUUUGGGUAGGGCAACGGUUAUUUUAUCACAUAACUUUUUUAUCUUUAACUUUUAUGCAUUUCUGACACUGGAUUAUUAAAUUAUGGAGUAUUCUAGUACUAAAAGGUACUCUUGUUUUAAAUCUAUAGGACACACCGUUUUCUAGAAAAAUCGAUUUUAAAAAUUUUUCGCUCUUUGAAUUAAAAAAAUUUUUUUCAAAAAAAAACUGUUUAGAAAGACCAAAACUGGUACAUUUAUUUAUAUUCCAGAGAUAAAUCGAUUUCAUUAAUUGCGAAUUUCUAGUACUGGUCAUAGGCGUCCAUUUUGGGUAGGUCAACAGUUAUUUUAUAGCAUAACUUUCUUAUCUUGAAUUUUUGAGCAUUUUUGACACUAGAUUAUUAAAUUAUGAGGUGUUUGAGUACUAAAAGUUACUCUUACUUUAUGUUGGUAAAAUACUUCGUUUUUUGUUGAAAAGUUCUUUUCAUUUUUUUUUUUCAAAUUCCAAAAAUGAAAAAUUUCAAAUCGAUUUUUCUGGAAAACGGUGUGUCCUACCGACUUAAAGCAAGAGUACCUUUUAGUACUAGAAUACCUCACAAUUUAAUAAUACGGUGUCAAAAAUGCAAAAAAGUUAAGAACAAAAAAGUUAUGCGUUAAAAUACCCGUUGCUCUACCCAAAACGGACGCCCAUCUACUAGAAUUUUGCGAUAGAUGAAAUCGAUUCAUCUCUGAAAACUAAAUAUGCAUACCAAUUUUCGUUUUUCUAAAUCUAAGCGUCUUGGAGGUAUUUAAGAAAAACUAAUUUCAUGACGCCUUCAAAGAGCUCUAGCUCCCUUAAGAAGCAUUUUCGGACUAGAUGAAUUGGGUUAAAUUGUCUUAAAAUUAUCUGAGGAAUCUCCUGUCUUCGUUUGUCGGUAAAGUUUCUGGACACCCUGUAUAUUCUUCACAUCUUCUAACGUGGGUUUUUUUUAGGAAGUAGAAUAAAUAUUGAUAGUAGCCAGUCUUCUGAUAAGUGACCAGUCUCAUAUGUAUAUGCCGUUGAAUAGUUUAGUAAGAGCUUUGAUUGGGUGUGGGUGUGCCUCUAAUAGCCUUAAAAUUUCACCAAAAUUUCACUGCAUUAGGUCCUGGUGAUUUCCCUUCUUUUAUUCGCUUAAUGGCCAUAGUUACUUCUUCGUCUGUUAUUUCUGGGCUGUCGGGAUGGUUUAUUUCAGGCGGUCUUCUAGCCCAAUAAAAUAAAAUAAAAUCAAAAUGUAAUUUCGUACAGGUUGGAAUACGUUUUUAUCAAAGUUUAGGUCCAAACAAAAUAUAUUUUCAAGAAAGUAUAUGAUUCAUAUGAGGGGAUCAUUGUUUAAAUAAUUAGAAAUGGGUAAUUGUUGCACACAAUUUACUUUUUUAACUGCUGCGGUAAUUCAUGGUUUUAUUAAGGUUUUGACAAUUUUUUUCUGCAAAGCUGAAGAAACAAUCUUUUAUAUAAGACUUACUAAAUUAAAUUUGACCAAUAAUUUAUUUAAACAAUUUAUAUCAAAAUUAAAAAACAAAUUUCCAAAAAAAUAUUAUUUGCAUUAUAAAUAAGCACUAUAAAACAUUUUGUUUUGCAGAAAACCUUGCGCUAUAUUACAAGUAUAAACCGAAAAAAAAAAAAUUUAUUGCUAAAUAUUAAGUAGUUUAUGAGAUAUUUAAUUUGUUUAUAUACAAUUACCAUUUUUUCAAUUGCAAAAACGCAGUUGUUGCCGAUAGAUUAUACAAGUUUUUAAGGUCUCAUUUUUUUUGCUUUUAUGUAUAUUUUUGACAAAUGUAUUGACAAAUCAAAAUUUCAAUUAAACACUAAAACAAUUUGUUUAAAACUUGUUUUUUUAAUAACAUCGCCGGGAUUAAAAAAAUUUUAAAUUAUUUUUCGAUAUUCGUGUUCCUGGUAGUUUUUGACACACUUACAAUAGAAAAAAUUUUUCUAGAUCCAUUUUGUGCCGAGAUAGCUUUUCCAAGUUUAAAAAUUCAUAAUUGGUUUAUUUAUCAAUAUUAACAUUUUGAAGUGCGUGAGUACAUCUAUCAACCCUACUACUCAACAAUGUCAUUUAUAUAUAAAAUAUAGAGUUAAAAUAUUAGAAUAUUUUUCAUUAAAUGAAACUUUUUGCAUGAAAAGUGGUGCAGUGGUACUUUGCAAUAUAUCCGUUAAUAAUGGGCAUAUUUCAAUGUUUUUUUUUUUAGUUUAGGGUAGCAGAUAAAAAUAAUAUCAUCUAAGUGACACUUUUUACAAUUAAUAUUCGUCAAUUUGUUAUAAACAAUUUUUUUCGAAGUUUAUUUUCUCUAGAUAUGAUAAAUAAAAAUUGACACAAAAGAUUAAAAAAAAAUUAACAAAAUAAUACUGAAUUAGCAUUAAAAAUUUGCUAUAUAGUUUUUUCCGUGUACAGUAUUAAAGUAUAAUAUACCUAUGUAUUUUAUAUUUAAUUUCAUAAUCUUUGUAACGGGUAGUACACUAAACAUUGUGUAUAUAUUUGUUAAUUUUUAUUCACUACAUAUAUUUAUAUAGAGGUUGUCUUCAAGUUUUUUUUAUAUAUUUUCGUUUGUAUUUACAUUAACUUUUUUUUGCCAAUGAUUUCUACAAAGAAAAAAGUUUUUAUGUUUAUUUAACAAAAUUUUACUGUUUUGUUAAAUUUUUUAAAUAAAAAUUUAUUUUAAUACUGUUUGGUGGUUAUCUUUGGUGCCAACUUAUAUUUAUCACAAAUUAUAGAAAAAAAAAUUUUGAAAAAAAUAUUGUUUAUAACAAAUUCAUGAAUAUUUAUUGCAAAAAUGUGGUCAUCUUUUCAUGUGGUUAUCUUUGGUGCCAACUUUGAUUUAUCACAAAUUAUAGAAAAAAAAAUUUGAAACAAAUAUUGUUUAUAACAAAUUCAUGAAUAUUUAUUGCAAAAAUGGUCAUGCAUAUGUUAUUAUCUUUAUAUGCUACCCCAAAUUAAAAAACAAUAUUGAAAUUGGCUCAUUAUUAAAUUAACGGAUAUAUUUCAAACUACUCCUCCGUCAAUUUUCAGGCAAAAAGUUUUAAUUAUUUAAGGUGCUAUGAAAAUCAUUAUUUUUCAAAAUAUUCUACAAUUUUUAUGGCAUUAUUAAGUAGUAGGAUUAAUAGAUGUACUCACGAAUUUUUAAAUGUUAGUAUUGAUAAUUAAACAAAUUAUGAAUUUUUAAACUUGGAAAAGCUAUCUCGGCAAAAAAUGGUUCUAGAAAAAUAUUUUCCUUUUGUGAAUGUGUCAAAAAUUACUAGGAACACGAAUAUCAAAAUAAUUUCAAAAGUUUUAAUCCCGGUAAUGUUAUUAGAAAAACAAAUUACACCAAUUUAACGUCGUUUUGGAGGAGUGUUUAAUUGAAAUUUCGAUUUGUCAAUACAUUUAUAGAAAAUAUACAUAAAAGCAAAAAAAUGAGACCUUAAAAACUUGUAUACUCUAUCGACAACAACCGCGUUUUUGCAAUUGAAAAAAUGCUAAUUUGUUAUAAACAAAUUAAAUAUCUCAUAAACUACCUACUCAAUAUUUAUUAACCAAUUUUUUUUUUCAGUUUAUACUGGUACCACAGAGCAACUUUUUCUGCAAAACAAAAUGUUUUAUAGUGCUUAUUUGUAAUGCAAUUAAUAUUUUUUUGAAAAUUUGUCUUUCAAUUUGUAUUUACAAUUAUUUAAAUAAAUUAUGGGUCAAAUUUAAUUUAGUAAGUCUUAUAUAAAAGAUUGUUUCUUCAGCUUUGCACAAAAAAAAUGUAAAAACCUUAAUAAAAACGUGAAUUACCGCAGCAGUUAAAAAAGUAAAUUUUGAGAUAAAAUUACCCAUUUUUAACUAUUUAAACAAUGAUCCCCUCGUAUGAAUAUCUUUCUUUCUUGAAAAUAUCUUUUGUUUUGACUUAAACUUUGAUAAAAAAAUUAUUCCAACCUGUACAGAAUUACAUUUUGAUUUGCAUGUAUUGUAAUUGUAUUUGAUCGGUUUAUUCGUGCUAUAUCUUCGAAUAACUCUUGCAUGUAUUAUUUCCCCAUAUUCUUAAUUUAUCUUCAAUUGUAGUCAAUAUCUGGCCUUCGAUGUCUACAACUAUGCCUGUAUUGUAUUGUAUUCUGGUGUUCUGCACCUGUUUAAUCUUUUUGUGCAUGUGGAAAUCGUCAUGUAUUCCAAUUUCCGUAUAUUCUUAUUUUUGACAUUUGUACCUUUUAAUUUUCUUCGCUCUUCCAUCAUCUGCAAUGUUUUAUCGGUCGUUCAUUCUUGCUUCUUUUCUUUUUUGUUCUUUACCAUUCAUCUAUUAUUUUUUCUUUUGUAACAUUUUUAAAUGCAGCUGUUUCUGACGAAUCGUUGUAUUCAUAAGCACGGAGGUCAUAUUUGCAAUCGAAUUCAAUAUCUGAUUCAUCCAAACCAUUUUCAGCAGUUUCAAUGUCAAAUCAUCAUAAAAUGGCUAGUGGAAUAUGCAAAUUUUAUAGGUUUUUUGGACAACCUGUAAAUUGAUAGAAAAAACUCGACAUCAUUAAUAUAAAUUCAUAUUAAAAGACAAUAAAGCGGUAUUUUAGCCUAAAACGUGCUAUUAACAAAUAAAAUGAUCGUUAUUAACAAACUUCCGUAUAACUGCACAAUUUUAAAUGGACGUAUGAUUGAUAGCGAAUCGAUUCGCAAAAAACUGAACGUUAUACUCAUUUUAGAGUAUUUUAUGUUGUUGCUAAUAUUACUUCCGUUACUAAUAAUCAUAAGUUAUGUAAUAACCGUUAGCCGAAAAUAUAUCGAUUAAGUGUCUGUGUCCUUCGCCUUAGAUUUUUUUUAUUUGGUGUAGAGGUGGAAGGAUCCGGAAUCGUUACUUCAGUGGGAACCGAAUGAAUCACAAAAACUUUUGCUCUUUUUACUUUUCCAACUUCUUCUUCACCUUUAUAAGCAAUUCUGUUUGUUCAUUGGCGGAUUGAUACCUCUAUGGAAGGUUGUCACUCCAUCUUUUGCGCGGUCGGCUGAUACUUCUUCUACCGAUUGGUGAUUUAUCUCUUGCUAUUUUGAUGCAUUUGUCUGAUGCAUUUGUCAUUACUGGUCUUAGACUGGCUUUAUAAAUUCCUGUCAUCUCAGUGUUAAUAUGUCGGUUUCGCCAUAUAGUGUUAUUAAGGCAUCCUGUCAGUCUAUUUGAUUUUUGUACUUAAUUUCUCAUUUCUUUGUCCAUGCCUCCAUAGCUGGACAAUGUAAGCCCAUUACUCGUUCAAUACUGAUGCCAUCAAUUUCAAUUUUACAUCUGAUUGGUUCUUUACUGAUUACUAUAGUUUUAGUUUUCUGAGAUGAAAUUUUCAUAUUAAAUUCUUUUGCUCUUAUGUUAAAUUUGUGGACUAAUCUUCGCAGACUAUUUUCAUCUUUAGCUAUCAAUAUUGCGUUGUCUGCGUAACACAGUAUUUUAACUUCUUUGUUUCCCAUUCUGUAUUUUCUUCCUUUGUUUGUGCUUUUGAUGAUUUCAUCCAUGAUUAAAUUUAAGAGCAUAUUGCUCAAUGAGUCUUACUGUCUUAUUUCGCUGCCUGUAUCUAUGAGUUUUGUUUUUGUUUUUUAUUUUCAUACAAUGCGAAAUGGCAAGUAGUUAUAUCGAAAUAAAGAUUCAGUACCAAGGAAUCGAAUCAUUAAAAAGAACUAUCUUUAAUUCACCUCUAGGUCGAAAUAGUUUUCUUACGGUACGACAUUCAUAAAUUCUUUUUAAUGGUGUUCCAAUUUUUAAUAAACUGUCAAAAUUUUAUUGCAAUUCUUUGGUACCAAAUCCUGGGAAUUUCAGUUCACGUCGUAAUAAUCAGGAAAAUUAAAAAUUUAAAUAUUUAGAAGACUAUAAGUAUUUUUUGUGUGUCUUAUUCAACCAGAAAAUAGCAAAAUUCCUCUUUGUAAAAGGUAUACAUAUUUAAAAAUCCCUAAAAAGGGCUACAUCGCAACAGAAUGUUUUCGGAAGAUUCCAUCAUUAGUGUUUAUCACCUAAAAUAAGUUAAUGCAAACGUGAAGUUAAAUUUUGACUAAUGUUAAAAUUUUUUACGAGAUUCUUAUUUACAGGUCACAUUACAUGUUUAUGAAUAUUGAAAUACACUUGCUAUCAUAAAAAGCGGAUCACUCGAUGAAUUACUCAAGUUAGAUGUCUCGAAUUUUCUAAACCUAUUGUCCGAUUUGAGUGAUUUUUUUAGUAUGUUAUAGCUUUAUUCUUUAACAAUAUCGCUAUAAUAAUAUUGUUGCUAGACAGGUAAAUUGUCAUUGUAUACCGGGUGUAACAAUCAUACUGUGUUUAUUCCUCAAAGUUCGGAACACCCUGUGGAAUGUUUUAGCAUAGAUAAAAUAUUGAAAUUAAAACUCGAUUGUAGCCUUAGGCUUUCUUAACAUUUUUUUUAUUUAUUUGUUUAUGUUGGAUAAUAAAAAAGUUAGGCACUUUAACAACUAACCAUGUUCUUCAUCAAUACAGGGUGUUUCUAAAUGAGUGCGACCAACUUUAAGGGGUAAUUCUGCAUGAAAAAAUAAUGACCGUUUGCUUUAUAAACAUAUGGCAGCAAAUUCUUCGUUUUCGAGAUACGGGAUGUUGAAUUUUUUCUUACAAACUGACGAUUUAUUUAUUGCCCUAAAACCGGUUGAGAUAUGCAAAUGAAAUUUGGUAUGUGUUAAGAGGUAGUUAUGGCGCAUUUUGUGACAUACAAUUAAGAAUUUUAUAUUCACCAUUGGCGUGCUUACGGGAUGUAUCUAAAAUGUUUAUAACCGUAUGCACGCCAAUGGUGAAUAUAGAAUUAUUAAUUGUAUGUCAAAAAAUGUACAAUAACUGCCUCUUAAAACCUAUCAAAUUUCAUGUGAAUAUCUCUACGGGUUUUAGAGCAAUAAAUAAAUUGUCAGUUUGUAAGAAAAACUUCAACAUCCCGUAUCUCGCAAACGAAGCAUUUGCUGACAUGUUUAUAAAGCAAACUGUCAUUAUUUUUUCAUGCAGAAUUAUCCCUUAAAGUAUGUCGCACUUAUUUAGAAACACCCUGUAUUGAUGAAGAACAUGGCUAGUUAUUAACGUGCCUAACUUUUUUAUUAUCCAACAUAAACAAAUAAAUCAAAUAAGACAAUGUUAAGAAAGCCUUAGGCUACAAUUGAGUUUUAAUUUCAAUAUAUUAUCUAUGCUAAAACAUUCCACAGGGUGUUCCGAACUUUGAGGAAUAAACACAGUAUGAUUGUUACACCCGGUAUACAAUGACAAUUUACCUGUCUAGCAACAAUAUUAUUAUAGCGAUAUUGCUAAAGAAUAAGGCUAUAACAUACUAAAAAAAUCACUCAAAUCGGACAACAGGUUUAGAAAAUUCGAGACAUCUAACUUGAAUAAUUCAUCGAGUGACCCGCUUUUUAUGAUUGCUAGUGUAUUUAUGAUUAUUUAUACGUUUAGUAGAUAUACAUGAUAUAGCCUUUGCAAACAUUAUUCACGACGAAACAGAUGUUAGAGAUGCCCUCUGGCUCAAAAAUCUUUUAAUUCUAGUCCGCAAUGCCGGAAUGUUAGAGGGUGGAUCGGUCUGCCUCCUUCAGCAUUUCCCAUAUGCACGCAUCAGGUGGCGUUAGGUCUGGUGAGUGGGUAUCUUACAAAAUGAUCGCGCAGUAUUCGAGGAGACUCCUUGACCAUGUGUCAGGUUGUUGCCCGGUCCUGCUGGAACCAUUGUUGAUUUUAAGCUUGGACCAUUUUUGCGAACUUUUCCGUAUGACCGAAAAUAGUACUCCACGAUAAAAAAUUUUGUUGCAAAACUAAGAACUAUCCUGACGCACGUAAUCUAUUUAUAACUGUAAAACAACUUAAGGGUUCUUACCCAUAUAUCUCGGUGGUUUAAAACAUGUCAUGUGACCGGCAAGUAUAACCAUCUUGUAAUUUUUUUAACCUUAGUCAAAAUUAUUUAACUUCACGUUUGCUUUAACUUAAAUGGUUAUACUUAAUUUAGGUGAUAAACACUGAUGAUGGAAUCUUACUUCCGAAAACAUUCUGUUGUGAUAUUGCCCCUAUUUUUCAUACGCAUAUCUCUUCAAAAAUCUUAUAAAGCACUCGCUAAAGCUCCUUGUUAAAUUAUGAAUUAAACAAUAGUACAAAACCUUAAUUAUACUAAAGCUUUAUUUAUCUGUGAAAAAGUUGUAGAUCAUGAGUUAUAUAUCCCAAUAUUACGAAAAAUUUCCCCCUUGUGUUUUAAUUUUUAUUUUGUUAUAGGUCUACUUUUUAAAUUCAUUUUUCUUUCUUUAUUACAAAUCGGAUUUUUCAUAUAACACUUAGAGUGUAGUUCAUAAUGUACUUAUCUAAUUUUUUUAAAUAAGAUUAAUUGUUGUGCCAUCAUUAAUUGUUAAUUUUUCUUGGCAAAAACACUUUUUACUGUAUAGUUUUAAAUCUAUUCGACUAUUAGAUUAUUUAAGAUUUAUAUACAAUUUUAUUCAUGUUGCAAUCCUUUGCUCAGGAACUUAGAUAGAGUAAUUGAAAUAAAAUGUUUCAAUAAUUGC